GCGCCAUUGCUUAUCUUUAAAACAACACGUACUCUGCUGCUCCUCCUUAUACUCGACCAUUCUAGAGAGAGAAACUCUUUUUUCAUAAAUCUAGACAGAGAAACUCUUUUUUCGUACUUCAGAAACUGUUGCUUAGCAAUGGCGUCUCUUACCCCUCAAUGCCAAACCUCUCUCUUCCUCUCUAGGAAUCCUUCCUUCUCUCGCAUACAUGUUCAUGGAGGAAGUCUUCUGUCAUCUUUACCAAGCUCUAUCUUUUUUAAGAGAAGAGCAGGUAAAUCAUUUCUCCUUCAAAGGAGGAGCCCAUUGGUUCCCUGUAAAUGGACGUGCAUGGCUUCAGAGCAGCAACAGAGCGAUAGACAGAGAAAGCCCAGGAGGCGAAGCUCUCAAGCAGCAGACGCUGACAAAGGCAUCGACCCUGUCGGUUUCUUGACGAAGCAGGGUAUCUCUAACAAGGAUUUUUCUCAGUUUCUGCGAGAAAGGUAUAAAGCUUUGAAAGAUCGCAAGGUAGAGAUCUUUACAAGGCAUGCGAAUGUACCAGACAUGGUUUCCGGAUAUGAGAUUUUGGGUAUGCAUCGAAACAGGCAGCACCGUGUAGAUUUUAUGGAGUGGGCACCAGGUGCUCGCUAUUGCUCUCUUGUUGGUGAUUUCAAUGGUUGGUCUCCAACAGAAAACUGUGCUAGAGAAGGAUACUUUGGUCAUGAUGACUAUGGAUACUGGUUGAUCAUUUCAGAAGAUAAACUCCGGGAAGGGGAGCCCCCAGAUGAAUACUAUUUUCAAGAGUACAAUUAUGUAGAUGAUUAUGACAGUGGUGACAGUGGUGUCGACAUCAAAGAGUUGUUUAAAAAAAUGGAUGAUGAAUACUGGGAGCCUGGAGAGGACAGGUUCAUGAAAUCUCCAUUUGAAGUGGCUGCUAAGUUGUUUGAAGAAAUGUUUGGCCCUAAUGGUCCCCAGACCGAAGAAGAAUUAGGUGAAAUACCAGAUGCAUUAACCCGGUACAAUGCAUGGAAAGAGAGUCACAAAGAUGAGCCAGGGAACAACUUGCCUUCUUAUGAUGUCAUUGAUAAUGGCAAGGAAUAUGAUGUUUUUAGUGUUGUAGAUGAUCCGGUUUCGCGUGAGAAAUUCCGUUCUAAAAAACCUCCCCUUGCUUACUGGAAAGAAUUGCGAAAAGGAAGAAAAGCAUGGAUGAAGAAGUAUAGCCCUGCUAUCCCUCAUGGAAGCAAAUACAGGGUAUAUUUUAAUACUCCUAAUGGUCCAUUGGAGCGUAUCCCUGCUUGGGCUACAUAUGUGCUUCCAGACGUUGAUGGAAAACAAGCUUUUGCUGUACAUUGGGAGCCACCUCCUGAGGAUGUGUAUGUAUGGAAAAACGAGCGCCCCAAGACGCCAUCGUCACUUCGUAUAUAUGAGUGCCAUGUAGGAAUUAGUGGUUCUGAACCCAAAGUUAAUUCUUUCGCUGAGUUCUCCUCUAAGGUCCUUCCACACAUUAAAACUGCUGGUUAUAAUGCAAUUCAGCUAAUUGGGAUACCGGAGCACAAAGACUAUUCUUCUGUUGGUUAUAAGGUCACCAACAUGUUUGCCGUCAGCAGUCGAUUUGGAACUCCUGAAGAUUUCAAGCAUUUGGUGGACCAAGCACAUGGUCUGGGAUUGCUGGUUUUUUUGGACAUUGUUCAUUCAUAUGCAGCGCCUGAUGAGAUGGUUGGUUUAGCUCUCUUUGAUGGAUCAAAUGACUGCUACUUUCAUACUGGUAAACGAGGAUACCACAAACACUGGGGUACAAGAAUGUUUAAGUAUGGGGAUCUCGAUGUGCUGCAUUAUCUUCUCUCAAACCUGAACUGGUGGGUCGAGGAAUAUAAAGUUGAUGGUUUCCAGUUCCACUCACUCUCUUCAAUGAUAUAUACACACAAUGGCUUUGCUUCUUUCACCGGGGAUAUAGAAGAGUAUGGCAACCAGUAUGUUGAUAAGGAUGCUCUUAUAUAUCUUAUUUUGGCAAAUGAUAUGUUACAUGAGCUCCAUCCGCAUAUAAUAACAAUUGCGGAAGACGCUACAUUCUACCCUGGACUAUGUGAGCCAACUACUCAAGGUGGAUUGGGAUUUGAUUACUAUGCCAAUACGACAAUAUCAGAAAUGUGGUCUUGGUUGGUAGAGAAUGUCCCUGAGUGCGAAUGGAGUAUGCACAAGAUUGUUGAGACUAUGACUAGCUCCAACCAGAAAAUGGAGAAAAUGGUCUCAUAUUCUGAGAACCACAACCAGUCCAUAUCUGGAGGAAGGUCCUUCGCUGAAAUAUUGAUUGGAAAAACUGGAAAAUAUUUCUCGGAGGAUUCAAUUUCAAAGGGUGCAUCCUUAUUCAAAAUGAUCAAGUUAAUUACAUUUACCAUUGGAGGGCGCGGUUACGUUAACUUCAUGGGCAAUGAAUUUGGGCACCCUAAUAGGGUUGAGUUCCCUUUGCCAAGCAACAACUUUUCCUUUGCAUCAGCAAACCGUCAGUGGGAUUUGUUAACUGUCAAUGGAAUACAUAAUGAACUUUUCUCGUUUAAUAAGGAUGUGAUGACGUUGGAUGAAACUGAAAGAAUUCUCAUGAGGGGUCCAGCAAAUGUUCACCAUGUAAAUGAUUCUAAUAUGGUCAUUUCUUACAUACGUGGACCUAUUCUCUUCAUCUUUAACUUUCAUCCUGAGAAUAGUUAUGAAAGAUAUGGCAUUGGUGUUGAGGAAGCUGGGGAGUACCAGAUGAUACUGGAUACUGAUGAGGUCAAUUAUGGUGGACUUGGUAUUCUCAAAGCAGAUCAGAAGGUUCAAAGAUCCAUUCCCAGAAGAGUUGAUGGCCUCCGGAAUUGUCUUGAGGUACCAGUGCCAAAGCAAAGUGCUCAGGUGUAUAAAUUAACUCGGAUUUUACGCAUAUGAUAGCAAUUGCUUGGACUUUCUGCUAUGGGGCCUUUGGCAUCAUUUACCUGCGAGAUGAAUGCAGCCCUUGUUUAGUUCCCGAGGCCCUUGUUCUAUUUGCUCCUGUCUAUUCCGAUAUGCAACACAUAUGAGAGAGACACCAUCCUAAAUGAGCAACAAAGAAGCCCAAGUUUUCAGGAAAAAUGAUUCCUUGGCGGUAUUGCAUAUGUUCAGGAAUAAGAGGUAAGAGGAAAGCCACGAAUCGGAACAAGUGGAAGGAAGUGAUUUCCUCAAGACCUUGUAUUGUAGACUUCAAAUUAUUUUCACUCAAAUCUACCAAGAUUAGUUUCUUGGGUGGCUGCAAUCAUGAUCUCUCUCUCUCUCUCUCUCUCUCUCUCUCUCUCUCUCGUAUUACAUGUAGACUGACAAGAUAUUUGUCUUGGACCAUUUUGGGUGCGUUGAGCCUUUCUGGUCUUUGUUAUAUAGAAGCUUUCUUGUGGGCCUUUUUGGAUGCCUUGAGCCUCUGACCUUUGUUAUAUAAAAGCUUUCUUAUGGACCUUUU